AUGUAUUCUGGCAGCUUGUACGGUACCAUGUCCCUGGUGCUCAUGUAUGGCACGAUCGAGCGGUUGGUCUUCCCUCGCGGUCCUGGCACGGUCAUCACGCCUGAUGGCGACGUUCACGAGGAAAGUAUGACCCCCGACCCCGACAUCUCGGCACUGAUCAUUCUGUCAGUCCAAGGGGAGCGCUCCCCAGGCGUGCGUGGGUAUGGCUUCAGGUCCCUCCCCACCGACAUCGAGGUGUGGGCCGCCAUCGCGGAGGUGACCGUGGUGCUCGGCUUGGCAGCGUGGGCGGGCUGGCUGCGGGCGCUCAGCUCCUCGCCGACCCCGCGCCGCCUGCAGCCGCCGUGGCUGCGCCCGCAGCGGCCCCGCCUGCGGCGGCUGCUGCCCACGCCGGCAGCGCUGGGAGGCGCUGGCGUCGGGAUGCCUGGGCUGGUGGUGGCUCUGGCUGGUGCUGCCGCGCCCGCGGCGGCCGCGUCUGGGGCCCUCGAGCUGCCGGCACCGCCUGCGGCCGCCGGGCCUGGCCUGCGCUGGGUGCGCCCGCUGGUGGUGGGCGCGGCGCGGCCGGUGUGGCGGCAGCCCCCGCGGUGGCCAUCGAGGCGCGUGGCGAUAGCUGAUCGGUGGAGGGACUUCCGCGAGCGCACCAUGCUGCACUCCUGCGCCAGCUGGCAG